GGCGGGGAUACGGCGGCGACGGCGGCAGCGGGUUCGGUUGCGCGUGGCGCACGGGGUAGGAGCGGAGCCCAGGCCGGGAACAGGCGCCGCCGCCAAUACCAUGGGGAACGUGUUGGCUGCUAGCUCGCCGCCCGCAGGGCCGCCGCCGCCUCCAGCGCCGUCCCUCGUGGGGCUGCCGCCGCCGCCUUCGCCGCCGGGCUUCACGUUACCGCCGCUUGGGGGUGGCCUGGGCGCCGGGGCGAGCGCUGGCCGAGGUUCAGAACGGACUUCCGGGCCUGCGGCCAGCGGCGCUGCGGGGGCCGCUGAUGAUGGAGCCUGCGACUGCCUGCCCAACCCGGGCACGUUCGAGGAGUGCCACCGGAAAUGCAAGGAGCUGUUUCCUGUUCAGAUGGAAGGUGUCAAACUUACAGUCAACAAAGGGUUGAGUAACCGAUUUCAGGUCACCCACACUGUAGCCCUUGGCACAAUUGGGGAGUCCAACUACCACUUUGGGGUCACAUAUGUGGGGACAAAACAGCUGAGUCCCACAGAGGCGUUCCCGGUGCUAGUUGGCGAUAUGGAUAACAGUGGUAGCCUCAAUGCGCAGGUCAUCCACCAGCUGAGCCCAGGCCUCAGGUCCAAGAUGGCCAUUCAGACCCAGCAGUCCAAGUUCGUGAACUGGCAGGUGGACGGGGAGUACCGAGGUUCUGACUUCACAGCUGCUGUCACUCUAGGCAACCCAGAUGUCCUAGUGGGUUCAGGAAUCCUGGUGGCCCACUAUCUGCAGAGCAUCACACCAUGUCUGGCCCUGGGUGGAGAGCUUGUCUACCACCGGCGGCCUGGCGAGGAGGGCACUGUUAUGUCUCUAGCAGGGAAAUACACAUUGAACAACUGGUUGGCGACAGUCACACUGGGCCAGGCAGGCAUGCACGCAACAUACUACCACAAAGCCAGUGACCAGCUGCAGGUGGGCGUGGAGUUUGAGGCCAGCACCAGGAUGCAGGACACCAGUGUCUCCUUUGGGUACCAGCUGGACCUGCCCAAGGCCAACUUCCUCUUCAAAGGCUCGGUGAACAGUAACUGGAUUGUGGGCGCCACGCUGGAGAAGAAGCUGCCCCCGCUGCCCCUGACACUGUCCCUCUGCGCCUUCCUGAACCAUCGCAAGAACAAGUUCCUUUGUGGCUUCGGCCUGACCAUUGGCUGAGCCUCACGCCUUCCUCCGCAGACCCAGGCCACCUUGCCUGCAGCCCGCUGGGCGCCGCCGCCUUCCCCUCCUUUCCCUCCCUCCAGGGGUCGGGGCAGCGGGAAGGAGGGGACCCACCCCAGCAGCCAGCUGAAGAGCAGCUUCUGGAACCCAGGGGGCCACUUGAAGAUCCCCGGUGCCCUGGGACAUCGGAGCCCGGGAGCCCGGAGGACGUUUGUGGAGUUGAAGGGCACUGAUCAGAGGCAGCCGGACAAGCUCAGGGAGCGUAGCUGGAUGUCCCCAUCCUCCCCAGAGCACUACGGAGCGCGCCGAGGGCAGCAGAGAAGCGUCCCAUCUGCUAGGCCGCCGUGUCACUCCCCCUCCACCCCUCCAUAGAAAUCAUGUUUAUAAGUUAUGGAAGAACCGGGACAUUUUACAGAAAAAACUUCAAAAGCAAAAAAUACACAUGAAAAAAAAA